AAACUUCUGCCCAAUUUGAAUUAGAUCCCUUUCUGCUCCUGACUCACACAGGGAAGGCAAGCAGUCCAAAAACACGGGAAUUUAGACAUUUCCCAACCAACAGGUUAAUGCAAGACACAAGGAAAUUUCAAAGAACAACUAAAACAAACAAGAAGGGACAAUACUAGUUUGGUGAAUCAUGUCUUUGAUUUGGCUUCUGCUGUAUGCAUGCAUCCAUGCCAUUUAUGGCAUGAUAUUAUUCGGAGACAUGGCUGAUCAGGACAGCACCAUCAGUGUGAGCAUCCCUGUGGAACAGACACUGCGCCCUCUACUUGGGGGGAGCAUGGUCAUACCCUGCUACUUUCAGGACAACACUGUCCAGGACCCUGGUGCCCCAACCAUCGCCCCACUGUCCCAGCGUAUUAAGUGGAGCUACAUCUACAAGGGCAGAAUAUCGCUUAUUCUGGUUGCCAGUGAUGGCUUGGUGCAGGUUGAGACAGAUUACUUGGACCGGGUUCAUAUGGUAAACUACCCCAUGGUGCCAACUGAUGCUACAAUUGAGAUCUCAGAACUUCGCUCUAGUGACUCUGGCUCCUACCGGUGUGAGGUCAUGCAGGGGAUUGACGAUAACUAUGAUUCAGUGGGAAUGCAAGUUCAAGGUAUUGUGUUUCACUAUCGAGCAAUUUCUACCCGAUAUACAUUGACAUUUGAGAUGGCGAAAGCAGCCUGCAUCCAGAACAGUGCUGUUAUUGCAACUCCCGCACAGUUGCAAGCUGCCUAUGAUGAUGGAUACCAUCAAUGUGAUGCCGGCUGGCUUUCAGAUCAAACUGUGAGGUAUCCUAUUCAUGAGCCAAGGGAGCCUUGCUAUGGAGACAAAGAAAAUUUCCCAGGGGUACGAACAUAUGGAGUCCGAGACAUCAAUGAGACCUAUGAUGUGUACUGUUUUGCAGAAAAAAUGUCAGGCAGAGUUUUCUACUCCAUGUCUGUGGAGAAGUUCACCUUUGCAGAGGCUGAAGACCAGUGUGCAAAGUUGGGAGCCCAAUUGGCCACCACGGGGCAACUGUACCUGGCAUGGAAGACUGGCAUGGAUGUGUGCAAUGCUGGCUGGCUAGCAGACAGGAGUGUACGGUACCCCAUUAACAUAGCUCGACCCCAGUGUGGUGGGGGGCUUUUGGGAGUGCGAACGGUUUACCUGUUUCCAAAUCAGACUGGAUAUCCAUACCCAGACUCCCGCUAUGAUGCAAUCUGUUAUGGAGAAGAAACAGAAAAGGUUUUAACAAACACCUCACCAUUUCCUGAAAUAUACACUACCACCGAUUCCAUGUUCACUGUGGCUACAGCCACCUCAAGCCCAUCAGACUAUACUGAAGACAUGACCACAGUAGGAGAGGCCCGUGGGCAACUGGUUACAGAUGAGCCUCUUGAAGUCACAAGCAUAGAAAGUCCUCUGACACUACCUUACAACAUAACUGAGGUUGAGGAGGAAGUCAUCAAAGUGGCCAUGGCUCUACCUAAUCUAGGAUACGAGAUUCCCAAGGACAAUGUCACUGCUGAAACAAAGGGAGUAGUAUUCCACUAUCGCGCUGCCUUGAGCCGCUAUGCUUACACCUUUGAGGAAGCACAAGUGGCGUGUCAGAAACUGGGAGCAGUCAUAGCCACCCCUGAGCUCCUUCAGGCUGCUUAUGAAGCUGGCCUUCAUCAAUGCAGUGCAGGUUGGCUACAGGACCAAACUGUCAGGUAUCCAAUCGUGCAUCCUCGAAAAAACUGCUCUGGAGAUCAGGAGGACACCCCUGGUGUGCGCUCCUACAAUGUUAGGCCUGCAUAUGAGCGGUAUGAUGUCUACUGUUACAUGGACCAAAUAAAGGGGGAGAUCUUCCACGUGAGUUCACUAGCAGGCUUCACCUACUACGAAGCUGUUGCCCAUUGCAGAAAACUGGGUUCUACUCUAGCCUCAACUGGAGAACUCUAUGCUGCAUGGAAUCAGGGUUUCCACGAGUGUAGUCCUGGCUGGCUGGCUGAUCGCAGUGUCCGCUAUCCUGUCCGCAACCCAGACUUCGGUUGUGGUGAUAACAAGACUGCAGUCCACACUAUUUAUGCUCAACCAAACCAAACAGGCUUCCCAAACCCAUACUCCAGAUAUGAUGCAUAUUGCUUCAAAGCAAAUCUGUCUAUACUCCUCGAUGAGGAUACGGUGAAUGCUACAAGGACGGAGGAGGAUCUUAACAUGACAGACAUAACAGAGCUGCUGAGACCUGUUCGUCCAAUUGUCCCUCCCUUGAUUGUGGACCUGUCUGGUUCUGGAUCAGGCUCAGCAUCAGGCGAUCCUGAUUCCAUUUCUGGAUACAUGUCAGGGAGUGGCAUACCCAGUGGGAGCAUAUCAGGUUCUGGCCAAAGUGGUGAUGGAUCAGGUCAUCUUGUGAGACUCCAUGAAGGUGCUGAUACACUGAUGUGGCAGACUUCUGCCUCAGGCAGCACUUUGGAGGCUAAAGAAGGUAGUGGCAGUGGUAGUGGUUUUAGCAUAACUUCAGGAAUAGGAUCAUUGGACCAAGGAUCUGGAGAGGAGUCUGGACUCUUCCAAGAACAAAGUGGAGCUAGUGGCCUUCCAUCAGGACUCGGCAGUGGAAUUAGCGGUUCAGGAACAAGUGGAUUCUUCAGUGGUGGGGAAUCGAGUGGGUCAGGCUUCUUCGAUGUGUCAUUUAUAGACUCAGAAAUGACUGAUCUGACUGCAAGAUCUUCUGGAAAACAGGAAUUGUCUGGUAUAACCCCAUUUGGCUUGACUGAUAUUAGUGGUUCUGGUUCUGCCAUUGACUUUGGAUCUGCCUCUGGCUUUGGAUCUGGAUCUGGCUCUGCCUCUGGCUUUGGAUCUGGCUCUGCCUCUGAAACCUCAAGUUUUAUCCCUUCAGGUCAUCCCUCAGGAGAGGUGUCUGUUCACAAUCAGAAACACGAUGAAGAGAUUGUAAUUCUAACAGACAAUGAGGUCAUUGAGUUGACAUUUGGCUCUACCUUUGGACCAGAACAGGGUCGUGGAUCAGUGGAAAUCAGUGGAGAGGGCAGUAGUCAGGAACAUUAUGCUGAGGACAUAUCUCUUUCCAGUAGUACUUUACAUGAAGAUUACUGGAAUGCCAAUGAAACAGAUGAUCCUCUACCAGAAAGAGAUGAGCAAAUUAAUGUCACCACACAAGUGUUUGAUGUGUCUGAUCAGUCGCCUCUGAACACCACACCACCCACCACUUCUGUACUCACCACUUCACCUUCAGCUUUACUACAAAUGCCAAAAGCUAUAGAGGAACCAUCUGUUAUUGAUGCUUCUGCUAACCCCUGUGAUCCAAACCCCUGUGGUCAAGGUUUAUGCUCUCUACAAGAUGGCUUUGCUGUAUGUCAGUGUCAUUCAGGAUUUAGUGGGGAAAACUGCUCAACACCGAUUCAGGGAUGUGCCGAGGGGUGGACAGAGUUUAUGGGCAGCUGUUACAUUCAUUUUGAUGAGCGAGAGACCUGGACCAGUGCUGAGCAGCACUGUCAAGAGCUAAACUCUCACCUGGUUAGCAUAUCCUCCCGACAAGAACAAGAGUUUGUAAGAAAUCAAGCUCACGACUAUCAAUGGAUUGGGCUAAAUGACAGGAAUGUGCAAAAUCAGUUUCACUGGACAGAUGGAAGUCCUUUGGAAUAUGAAAACUGGAGACCCAACCAGCCAGAUAAUUAUUUCAACACAGGAGAAGACUGUGUUGUUAUGAUAUGGCAUGAGGAUGGCCAGUGGAAUGAUGUACCCUGCAACUAUCAUCUUCCUUUUACUUGCAAGAGUGGACCUGUCACAUGCUCAUCACCUCCUGAAGUGAAAAAUGCCAGAAUGUUAGGCAACAGCAAAGAUCGCUACCCUGUUAACUCCAUCGUUCGAUACCAGUGUGACAGUGGAUUCAUACAGCGCCACCUUUCUGUAGUACGCUGCUUACCUAAUGGUCAGUGGGAGGAGCCUCAAGUGGAAUGCAUAGGAGGCAAAACAAUCAACAGGCUACGGAAAAGAUCCGUCAAGACACAUCCCAAGCCAGUAUAUAGUCGGACGUGGAGGAAGGUCCUCUAAACGGGACAAAAAACACACAUUUUAAAACAUCCAGAGGACUGUUAUUAAUAAAGAUCACCUGUACAGAAGCCUUAUUUACUCAAAAGAAAAUCUCAAUGACAAGGGAACAACCUUAUGUAGUGACAAAUUUUAUUUAGCCUGUCUGGCUGAUUGGUUUACAAGUUCUAUUUAGAGCUCUGUUUUGGAGAGAAGAAAGAAAGAUAUCUGGGUUUAUUUAAAUUUAUUUGGCAUUUCCGGAUUGUAUUUCUCCUACUUUUUACCCUAACCCAUAAAUAUUGGGUGACAAGAGAUAAUCUAUAAAGAAUAGACUAAAUUGCACAGAGUGCAAAGAACUAGCAAAGAACAGGAGUUUACUUUAGUUAGUUGGUGCAUUUUCCUCCAGGCCACAAGGUGACACUAAUGCUUACUUUUUCUGCUAAGAUCUGUGGCUAUGUUCAGAAUGAAAUAGUGGCUGCAUCCGAAAUCACAUACUUCCCUACUAUAUAGUAGGUGAAAAACAAUAUAUGACAAAAGAAAUAUGUCCGAAUUCACAGUACUCAUAAAAGAGUAGACAAAAAGUACCCGGAUGACCUGCUACUUCUGGCGAGAUUCUAAAGUGUGCAUAUGAUGGACACUUUAUCAUCCCAUGAGGCCACGGGAGAGGAUUUGUGAAUGGCAGUGAAGCGACUUAACUGAUGAUUUCUGACGCAGCCACUAGCUUACUACUUUCUGAAUAUGGCACAGUAUACUGCCUACAAUUUGAAAAUUGAAAUAGUAGGCAUUGCAUCAUCACAUCACCUAUUACUCUGCAUACGAGUAGCAUCAAUAAAAUGUGCAUACUGUUCACAGUAUACAUGCUAAAUAUACAUACUAAAUAGUACAUAGUAGUAUAAUAGUUGCAAUUCCAAACACAGCCUCUAGAAUUGUCAAAUGCCGCCCCCCAAUUUGCAUACUCCUAGUAUGUAUUUCACCAAUGCACAUUUUGAAUAUGUAGAAAAACAAUAACAGUAUUGGGAUUUUUUUAUUUUUAUUGUAUUGUUGCAUACUGUUUGCAUUUGAAUGUAAGUAUUAGGAUGAAGCUACACAAUACCUUAGCUUAACUUUUAGGUUCAUACAUUUCCAUGUGGAAACAUUGGCCUUGCAUUCCUUGUUAGUUUUUCUACAAUUUAAAAAGAGGACACAAGGGCUUGUGAGCAAUAUUAGCCCAAAAAGAAUGCACAGAUGCACUUCAGAAAUCUGCCAGAAAUAGUGUACCAUCCAGGCACCUUUGGCAUACUAUUUUCAACAUACUAUGGUUUGAGAUGCAAAAAAUUCUUAUCUGGCAUACUACUUAGGGUAGAUAGUGUGCAGAUUGGGACAAAGUCCAAAAACAUCAGUGUAUUAAGUAGCACAAAGGUAAUAUUGUCUGGAUAAUACCAAGUUCAGAACAAGACAAAAGGCUUGAAUGACCACAGCUGGAAACAAUUACAUUUAAGUAUAUUAGUAUUUCAAAUUCUUUAAUUAAGAUGUGUCUUUUUUAUUUGAUUUGUUGUUUGUUGUAGUUUAAAUGUCUAGCUGUAUCUCUGUGAAACUGUGAAAGAUAAAUUCCCCAGCUUGAUUCUAGGUCAGCUUGCAUAGUAUACAAUGUUUACUCAGACUAGAAAGAUAUAAUAUCCUGUCUACAUUAGCUGUAAUGAUAUAAUGAUAUUAGUGACUUUUCUGUCACAGGAAGUGAAUGGUUGCUUAUGGCACUUAUUCCUUGUUGUGCAAUGCAUUCACUCUUCCUUAAUUUAUUAAUUCACAAGUUCACAAGAUUCGUCUUGGCCUUCAUAACAUACUUGAGCUCUUAUAAAUGAAAUUUUGUAGAUAUCAAACAAUCCUAAUGUAUGAGACAAGCAUUAAUAUUCAAAUAAGUACAAUAUGGCAUCAGAAAACAAGACAAGAAUUUUGAAAUGGCCUAAACAUUAAAGUAUAUAUUAUUAAUCCAACACACAAAGUGCCCCACAACGUUUGAUUGACAGAGUCAAUCGUUUCCAAUCCAGUGAGUGAAUACACUGGAAUUACUCUCUGUUCCCAGCAAUAUCCAUCUCUCAUUUUGCACUCUGUCACUGUCAUCUCAAUGCUGAGCUCAUAUCUGUCCUAGUACCCCUGAAAUAAACUGACUAAAUGUGUGUGAAAAA